AUAACGAAAAAGGUAGCCAAACUUGCACCCCGCCAAAUUGUCCCGCGAAGGAAUGUUCCCGCCAUCACAACCUUCUCUUUUUCAUUCCCUAUUUAACAAACACACCCUUCCGCACUUCUCGCCAUCACUAUACUCUCCUCUUCGUUAUUUCAAUUUUGUUUUUUCAAGUUCUGUUAGGUUAACUGAAUUCCCAAUCUCUCAACUCAUUUUCUCACAAGAUGGUAUCCCUUGGCCCUAGCAAGUUCUACGGCACCAGUCUCCCCCGCCCUCGCAUUUACACCGACGUCAAGUUCAACGACCACCGUGUGGACCCACCCGCUCCCGUCAGCGAUCCGUUAAUGUCUUGGGCCGAAGAAGCCCACUGGUCCAUGGGUGGCCUCAGCUUCAAGCGUCUCCGCCUCCAGGGAAAAAUCGAAGGCAACGUCCAAAGACUCCGCUCCCAGCGCGACAGGGCCCAAUCACAAAGCCCAAUACCUCCCCACUCUGGAUCGAAGAGAGACGCUUCUCCUGCGCCACCACCGGCUCCGUUUGUGAGGAAACGUCGAAGGUGCGUGGAUCUGAUCGAGGAGGAAGUUUGUGAAGGUCGGAAGAGUCGGUUAGUGAGGAAGCUUGGUGACGAUUUUGAUAGGGUGGCGUCUUUGGAGAUCGAGGCUUCUAAUACGGUGCCGUUUAAAACCCCUAGGCGGAGAUUGGUUAAGGGUGGCGAAACUGUGAAGAAGACGGUGGCUGAAGCGGCGGAGAAAUCAAAUCCCAAAACACAGAAGAGUAGCGGUGAAGGCGCGAAGAGUCCUAGGGUUAGAACUUCACCAAGAUUCGCUAAGCGUGUGCCUAAUUAAUUAGCAUGUUUUUAAUUUGUUAUUUUUGUGAGGAUCAAGAUGCAAAUUCAUGUAAAUCCAUCUAAUUUCAGCUUCUGAGAAAAUGUAAAUAUGAUUUCAAGACUCUGUUAUAAA